CAAUAAUACACUGUACAUAAGCAGGCCUUACUGAGCUGUCUUUUCCACCACAAUUCUGAAGACUUUGUCUGCCAUGCUCAGUUCCCUCUUUCACCUUUAAUUACUCUCUCUGUUUUACCCCUCUAGCAUCUCUUCCACUCUGCCUAAAUUAGGCUUCAAUUGACUGCCCAAAACAGUUCAAUUUUAAUCCCACUCUCCUUUUCAUACCCUACAUAAACACUCUACUAGCUACACUGUAAAAUUGCAGUGAACAGCCAAAACAGCACCUAUACUUUUUUACAACCUAAAACCAAAUACUAGUACUAGUACUAAUGUGAAGAUAUUAUUAUGGCAUAUCGGAGAUGAAGGAGCGUCAAAGGUGGAGGCCAGAAGAAGAUGCAUUAUUAAGAGCUUAUGUAAAGCAAUAUGGACCUAAAGAAUGGAAUCUCAUAUCUAAACGCAUGGGUAAAACACUUGACAGAGACCCAAAAUCUUGUCUUGAACGUUGGAAAAACUACUUGAAACCUGGAAUAAAGAAAGGAUCUUUAACCCCAGAAGAACAAAAUCUUGUUAUCUCACUUCAAGCAAAGUAUGGCAACAAGUGGAAGAAAAUAGCUAAUGAAGUACCGGGUCGUACUGCUAAAAGAUUAGGAAAAUGGUGGGAAGUUUUCAAAGAAAAACAACUUAAGAAAUCACAACAACGUCAAGAAUACAUUGAGUCACCUGCUAUUUCAGCUGUUUCUGGUUGUGGGUCACCGGAAGGAGCAGUUUCCGGUAAGUAUGAUCAUAUAUUAGACACUUUUGCUGAGAAGUACGUACAACCAAAGUUAUUUGCUUUUCAACCCCAUUUACCUUUGCCAAAUAUCAUGCCAAAUCUUGAACCGCCACCUGUUCUUUCUUUAAACCCGGUUUGUAUGACUGAACCGGUUAAUUCCACUACCAUUCCACCGUGGAUGAACUCAGCAGCAUCUUCUUCAUCAACCCCAUCUGUUAGUCUCACACUUACACCUUCUGAACCGGCUUUGCAUGUGCAUGAACCGGUUCACCCGGAUUUGGGUUUGACAGGCCGGUUCUAUCCGGUUCAGCAACUUGGUACUUUAGUUCAGUACUGUAAAGAACUGGAAGAAGGAAGACAGAACUGGUUACAACAUAAAAAAGAGGCAACUUGGAGGCUGAACCGGCUAGAGCAGCAAUUAGAGUCAGAGAAGGCUAGAAGAAGAAGGGAGAAAAUGGAGGAAAUAGAAGCAAAGAUGAGGUGUUUACAUGAAGAGGAAAUGGCUUUUCUUGGAAGGGUAGAGAGGGAAUAUAGAGAUCAACUUAGUGCAUUACAGAGAGAUGCUGAGGCUAAAGAAGCAAAGUUAAUGGAAGCUUGGAGUAGUAAGCAAAUGAAGUUGGCUAAACUUAUUGAAAAAACUGGAUUUCAUUGUCAUGAUGGUGGGGUUGGAAAUGUUGUAUCCAUAGAUCAGCAUUAGUGAUGUCUGGCUCUUUAGAAACUAUUGUUGUUGCUAGUAUCAAAUUAGUUUUCAGGGUUGUGGCUUUUUCAUGUUCUCAAAGUAGUGAUCCUAGAUCUGAUUCUGUAGAUCAAGUAUGCAUAGAUAAAACUUGUUUAUUUAGUCAUUUCCAAGAAUUUCCUUGGUCAAACCCAUAUAUUCCUCUAACAAUUUUAUAUCUGUUCACGAAUUGCAAGAACUAGUUGAAGUUCUAUUUUGGUUGUUUAUUGGCUUGUUUUAGUUAGCAUGUUUUCUACCUACAAGCCAAAGUAAUUAAGUUGUGCAUUUGCAGUGGUUUCUAUGACCACAUUAGUGAUCAUAUAUGAUGCUCUUGUGCUUAUAUUGCUUGGUGAUUUACACUAUUUCUUUAGGAAAGAGAAAGACUGAAUGAUCGGAACAAGCAAGUUUUUCUUAAUGUUUGGACCAAUAAAGUAUUGUCCUCAGACUUGAAACGUGGCGUAAUUUCUGAGAGAUCACAAAGAGUCAACUCUUCAUAGUUCACAUGCUAACAGUUUGAUUAAUUCAAACUAAGUAUAUGAGAGUAUAUAAUUAUAUAAACUUCAAGAAGGCCUUGCUCCAACCUGGAAUCUGGUUGUCAUGUUACCAUGCCUUUCUCGUAACGCAUUUUUAAUCUAUUCCUUCUUCAUUUGCAAGCUCUGAAUACAUCCUUUGACAAACUUUUGGCAACCAAAAAGUGUUAUUCAAUGGAAUUCCUCUUUAUAGUUUUCCUUGUUGCUAACAGUCUUCUCUUUUCUUGUCUUUUAUACUAUCUCCUUAAAAAAAAAAGCAGCCACCUUUAAGACAAGGAAGCAGCUACCUUUAAGACAAGGUGCUGUUAGCGAUCUUCCUCCAGGAAGUUUUUGUUGGCCUUUAGUAGGGGAAACCUUGGAUUAUCUCAGCGAUGUCAAAAAUGGCAGCCUAGUCAAGUUUCUAACACAAAGGAGGAGCAAAUACUCUUCCAAGAUUUUCAGCACCGCAUUGAUUGGGCAUCCAAUGGUGUUCUUGUCUGGUGCAGAUGGCAAUAAGUUUCUAUUUUCAAAUGAGAAUAAGCUUGUCUGAAUCUGGUGGCCAUGUUCUGUUGAAAGAAUCUUUCCUAAGACCCAUCAAAAAGCUAAUCACAAAGACUUUGCAAGCACACGCAAGUUGCUAUCAGCGCCUCUCAGAUCAGAGUCUCUUCAAAGAUUCAUAAGCAUACCAGAUGCUAUUUUGAGAUGCCAUCUUCAGACAGACUGGAAUUGCCCACAAAUUAAGGUUUUACCGGCUGUUAGGAAAUACAUAUUCUCAUUAGCCUGCAAAUUAUUCCGGAGUAUUGAUGACACAAAUAAGGUUGAAAGAUUGUCCAAGUAUAUGGAGGAUAUCUCCACUGGUCUGCUCUCUAUGCCUAUAAAUUUACCAGGAACCACUUUCAACCGAGCUGUCCGAGCAUCCAAGGAAAUGCGUAAGGAGGUUCAGCAAAUCAUCAAUCAAAGGAAGAGUGAGCUGUUGAAGAAUAAAAAAUUGUAGCACCAGAUGACAUUUUGUCUCAAAUGCUCCAGGCCACAAAUGAGCAAGAACAGUUUUUGAAUGAGUCCGAUAUUGCUAGCAACAUUGUAGGCUUAUUACAAGGUGGCUAUAGCACGGCUAAUGCUGCAAUAACCAUUAUUAUGAAAUAUAUGGCUGAGUAUCCCAAGGUAUACUCUGAGGUCCUCAAAGAGCAAAUGGAGAUAGCCAACUCAAAAACUGCAAAUGAUUUGCUAAAUUGGGAGGAUUUAAGGAAAAUGAGUUAUUCUUGGAAUGUUGCAAGUGAAGUGCUGAGGCUGGCACCUCCAGUACAUGGGACAUUUAGAGAGGCUAUUGAAGACAUCAGAUAUGAUGGUUACACGAUCCCAAAGGGAUGGAAGUUACACUGGAUAGCAGAUGACACCCAUAAAAACCCAGACUACUUUUAGAAUCCAUAUAAAAUUUGACCCUAUGAGGUUUCAAGGGAAUGGACCGGCUCCUUAUACGUUUGUUCCAUUUGGAGGAGGGCCUCGAAUGUGCCCUGGAAAUGAGUAUUUCCGCAUGGUGGCUCUUGUUUUUAUGCACAACGUGGUAACAAAGUUCAGAUGGGAGAAGGUGAUACCAGAUGAGAAACUUGUCUCAGCUCCAACUCCAAGACCUGCUCAAGGGCUCCCUGUUCGCCUUUAUCCUCACAAGACCUGAGUAAUGUCGGACUCUGCAGAGAUGCAACAGUAAUUAAUUUGUUUGCUUUUCUUGUGGUGUUGAGUUCUUGUUGCUUAAUGUCUUUCAAGAACUACCAUAAUUCUAAUGAACCAAAAUGACAUACCAUAACCAUCAGUCACUCUUUUAAGUGAAUGGAUUAAUACUAGUCCUGGUUGAGCAA